GAAUACGGGACACGUGAUCGCGACGGGGCCGGUCAUGUGAUAGAAUUAAGUCAGGUCACAUGGCCGUGAUGUCAUCCAGGUCCUUUUUCCUAUAGUGUGACUGCGGCAGGUCCUGCAGAGGAGAAAGUUCAGCUGUGUCCCGCCACUAUGUCCUCCUACCGGGACUGGGACACUCUGGAGGCCCUGAAGAACUCUCCGAAGGGGAGGCUCCAAUACAACCAGAAAUGGACUCCAGAGGAUGGGGAUUUGCUCAGUCAGUCCAUUUGCAUGCUGUCACCAUAUGCUGGCUGGGUCCUAGAGAACAUCAUCCCAAAUAAAACCUUAAGUGACGGCUCUGAAUGUCAGGAGUACAUGCAAGAUUCCGAUGGGCUUUCCUCAAUGUCGGCACCAGCAUCUCCAGUCCUCCCCCCAUUAAUCUCCCCAGCAGACACAGACAAAAAUCAGGAAGAGCAGAUCAUCUUGGAACCCUGUAAAGACGUGGACACUUUUUUAAGGUUACCAUCUGCCAAAAUGUUGGCUGUGGAAAGCAAGAUUCGCUCGUUUGAGGAGGAACAGAAGAUGAAGUCUAGGGAAGAACUGAAUGCCCGUCUGGAUUAUGUUAAUCGGUACAACAGGUCACUGGCAGAAAAGGCAGCGGAGCAGUACAAACGUUUUGAAGAGAUGUUGGAGUUAAAGCAGAGGCAAGAAAAACAAAAACUGGAGGAACAGCUGGAGAAAGACUCAAAGGAGGCCAUGGAACGACAAGAGAAAUUAAAGGAGGAGCAUCGCCACAGAGCCAAGCUUCUAUCUUUGAAGUUGCGUGAAGCCGAACAGCAGCGCCAGCAAGAGUUGGAGCGUAACCGUCAAGAAGAAGGUCGGGAAAGGAUGCGCCGGUUGUGUGCGCUUCAGCAGGAAGCUCUACAGCUCAUCCAGAAGAUUGAAAUGGACCAGAAGCUCCAAGAGACGUUGCGUGUAGACUUGUCCUUUUUUAGCAAGCGUGGGAACCAGAUUUGUGGAGAUUUGUCGAACGUUGUUCGCUCCAGCAGUGAGGGCCAAUUCCCUUCUCAGGAUGAUGUCAUUUUUGGUGAGCGUUCUGUGCAAGAGUUAAAGCUCCUGCUCAGGGACAUGGAGAAGGAGGUGGCGGCAGCACAGGAGAGAUACAAAGCUGAGGAAGAAGCCGCCAAACAAAAGCAGAAAGAUGCUGCACAGCAGCAGCAACAAGCAAAGGCCCUAGCCUCUGGUCCAACUCAGACGACACAGGACAAGAAAGAAGGACUUCAGGGUCAAACUGAAAAGAAUAUAAUGGAGCAGUACAAGGAGCUGCUAAACAGAUGUGAUCAGUGUCUGAAUUCCAUCAGCGCCUUGUUAACCAGCAAAGACGCUAAGGACAAGAAGACCAGGUUUGAGCUGCAAAAAGCUGUCUUAACUCCAGUCGGUCAGAUUUCUUCAGAUCUAACUAAUGUGCAGGAGGUUUUUAAAAAACUGAACACCCUUCUCACAGGUGGGGCAGUUAGGACCCUUGAUAAGUCUGUGUCACUCUCUAUACAUGCUCUGGCUUCAGACUUUGUGACUUACAAGCUGGCUGAGAGGUUUGUGACCCAAGCAGAACAAGAAGUGGCUUCCCAUCACGAAUCUGUUUUUCCUUUAGCGAUGGUGGUUUCCGGUAUAUGGGAGAGGCACCCCCAAGUGGGUGAACUAUUCCUCGCUCACCUGUAUAAGAAGUGCCCUUAUUCUGUGCCCUUUUACCCAGCAUAUAAAAAAGGUGUUCCUAUUAUAGAUUACCAAAGGGAAUUGGGUUAUAAUAUAGAUGGCUCUGUGGUUGAGCCACAGGACCAUUUCUUGAAACGAAUGUCGGGAAUGAUCCGUUUGUACGCUGCCGUCAUACAAAUACGCAAUGCUUUUGGGACAGUACAAUCGCAUCAUCCUCAUGGGUUGAAUCAUGGUUGGCGUUGGCUGGCACAAAUGUUAAACCUUGAACCAGCAGUAGAUAUCACAGCUACUCUUCUAUAUGACUUCUUAGAGGUGUGUGGGAAUGCCUUAAUGAAACAAUACCAAGACCAGUUUUGGAAAUUAAUUAUUUUGCUUAAAGAAGAACUUUUCCCUAGAAUCCAGAUGGUAACUACGGAGGGGCAAAUGGGGGCGGUGGUUCGACUAAGGUCCUUCUUGGAAAAUAUCUUGCGACAAAAGACAAUACCUCUGCCAAAGGGAUAUCAACGUUUUUGAUCAUGAAAGAACGGAAGCCAUGGUGUAUUCUAACGCCCAUUGUAAAAUUAAAGUGUUUGUAAACCCCCCCCCCCCCCCCCCAUUAUGAACUUCUCUUAUUUACUCCCAUUUGGUUUAAUAAAUAUAUCAUUAAAAGCCCUAACGCACUUCCUGUCCUAGGAUGGUGACACUACUCCUUUAUAGAUGCAGUAGAGUGAGUGAGAGUUGUCAAAGUGUGUUGCUGGCAGGAUUAUCGGGUAAAAAAAGAUGGUAAAAUGCAAUAUGUUUUUUAUUCUUGGGUUUUUAAUGUAUUUGUUAACAAUUUAUAUAUUUUAAAAUAAAAUGUG